CUGCAAUGAUCCUUGCUAUCCGACCUCCGUGUCACCUAAUAAUACCUACCAAACAGCGCGGUCUGGACACACGCGGCAUCAUUUAGACUGCGCGUACCUUGUCCAUCUAGAGUUCAUUCCACCGCCGGUGGAGCAGUCGCGAUGGAGACUCUCAAGUCACUGUUUGUGAAGCCAGAUCCGCAGGCACAGAUGCGAAAAUGUAACGCCAUGAUCCGCCAAAACAUCCGCAAGCUCGACCGCGACAUCGCCCAGGUCAAGCAGGUCGAGACCAAGACCAAGAACCUGAUCGUGGCCGCCGACAAGCGUGCCGCUCGCAACCCGGCCCAGGCCGCCCAGGCCCAGAAGGAGGUGCGGGCGUUUGCCCGCGAGCUCGUCCGCGCCCGCAAGACGUCGGCCCGCCUCGUCACGUCCAAGGCCCAGCUCUCGAGCGUCCAGAUGCAGGUCAACGAGGCCUUUGCCGUGCGCAAGAUCGAGGGUAGCAUACGGGCCUCGGUCGGCGUCAUGCGCGAGGUCAACUCGCUGGUCCGCCUGCCCGAGCUGGCCGGCACCAUGCAGCAGCUCUCGGUCGAGCUGAUGAAGGCGGGCAUCAUCGAAGAGAUGGUUCAGGAAUCGUUCCCCGAAGCGGACGCACUGGCAGAGUACGAGGAGGAGGCGGGCGAGGGCGAGGUCGACAAGGUCCUAGGCGAGAUAUUAAAAGACAAGGCCGAAACCACUGGCAAGCUGCCCACGGCACCUGUGUCUCAGGAGCCAAUCCCCGCAAAGGCCCAGGAUGAGGAGGAGGAAGAAGAAGAAGACACGCAGGCAAUGAUGGACCAGAUGCGGAACAGGCUAGAGGCUUUGCGGAGCUGAUGGUCUACUACCCCAGGUCCGGGUCAUAUUGUUUUUUUUUUUUUUUUUUGUUUUUUUUGUUGUUGUUUUUUUGCC